AUGGAUGUCUUUUGCAUUUAUACGUCCGGCGGGAAAUUGUUAACGGAACAUAUAUACGACAAUCACAUGAGGAAUAGAAGCUUGCAUAAUAACUAUUUGCAUAACAACUUGAAGUCCAUCAUAACGCAGAAUAAGCAAAGCACGAAUAAUCAAUGCAUGUUGUUUCUUAGAGAAAAGGAAAAGGAUAGUGUAUUAUUGGGGUGUUAUUACAAUAGUUUUGUGUAUAUAGUUAAGAGGGACAAUUUAUUUUUUAUAUCAUUGAAGAGGAAUGAAAACAAUCCAGGGUUAAUUGUUGAGGUAAUUCAAGAAAUAGUUAUAAGCAUAAAGAAGUAUUUUAACACGGAUUGUUUAACUGAGCAUAUAUUUAUAAGGAACUAUUCAUCUGUAAAUUUUUUAAUAAAUGAAAUUUUAGCACAAGGAGGAAAGCCUAGUUUGUUUGUUGAUUCUAUUUUGAGAAGUUUGGUUAAAAGUGAGUGUACUAUAUUAAAUGAAACGUUAAGAUAUGCACCCAUACCAAGUAACUUAUAUAAUAUGAUUUCACAGAGGAGAAAUAAUUAUUACAUGUUGGGUGAUACGGAUGAUGAGAAUAACAUCAAUAGUAGUUAUAGCAAUGGGAAUAGUAUAAACUCAAUUGAUGCAUUGAAUGUUUUUUGGAGAUCGAACAACAUAAACUAUUCUAUAAAUGAGAUUUUUAUAGAUAUAAUCGAGUAUGUACAUUGUAUUGUAUAUAAUAAUAACUACUUGCUUCAUUAUGCUGUUCAAGGUAAUGUACAUAUCAGAUGCAACAUAAAUGGUUUCACCUUGAUUAAGCUGUAUUUUAAUAUGGACAUAGAUUUAAGUAAGUCUAUUGUACACUUUACUGUUAGAUAUGAUAGAUUAUAUAACACAGAUGGUACAGAAAAUGAAAGGAAUGUCUUAUAUUUUGUGCCUUUAAAUGAAGAGUAUAUACUUAUGAAAUAUUAUGAUUUCCGUCAACUAGUGCAUCAGAGAACUAAUAUUUUGGGUUACACCUCAAGAUUCCCGUAUGACGCAUCGGAGCAGUUAACGGAUGUUUUAAAUAUCCAGAGUGAAGCUGUGCCAACUGCUGAAUAUAGAACUACUGAGGAAGUUGAGAAUUUCCAGAGGACAGUAAGUGAGGUCGACGAGCCCAAUAUACAAGAAGGUGGUGGGGAAAAUAUACAGAGGGAGUUUUCCCCCGCUGUUUUGGAACAAGCUCAUGAGAAUGAGGGUGCAGUCGGGAAGAAUACGGAUGAAAAUGAUGAAGAUGAAAAUGAUGAAGAUGGAAAGAAUGCAGAUAUGAAGAAUGCAGAUAUGAAGAAUGCAGAUAUGAAGAAUGCAGAUAUGAAGAAGGCAGAUAUGAAGAAGGCAGAUAUGAAGAAGACAGAUAUGAAGAAGGCAGAUAAAAAGAAGUUAGAUAGAAAGAAGGCAGACAGAAAGAAGGUAGAUAAGAAGAAGGGAGACAGAAAGAAGGCUGAUAGAAAGAAAGAGGAUGCGAAAGAUAUGUUUAUGAAUAAUUCUGUUGUGGAUGAUGAAUGUAAGAAUAUGGGGGUUGAUUCGUUUUUGGCGCAAAGUGCCAAAGGGGAAACUGCCGACACUGAUGUGAGUAGUCAAAGAUACAUCUUUAAGGAAUACUCCGAUGAGGGAAGUAAUGAUCAAGAAGAGGUUGGUCAAAGGUACAUUUUUAAGGAGUACUUCGAUGAGGAAAACAGUGCUGAGAAACAAGCCGAUGAGGAAAACGGUGCAGAGAAACAAAUCGAUGAAGGAAACACUGCUGAAAGACAGAUCAGUGGACCACGCAUCAGUGCAGAAGAUUUUAUCACAGGAAGUAUGACCGAGGGUUACAGUGCAGAAGCAACUGUUAAUAGUAAUGAGGAGUACGUUUUCAAAAACUAUGACGAUGAUGAUAUAAUAAAUAAUAGCAAUGACGCGGAAGAUAAUGAAUCUGCAAGUAAUAAUAACAGUUUCGACUAUAUGGAAAGCAGAGAAAGAAUAAACCUAAAUAAUGAUAUGAAUAGUUAUAUUGUAUAUAAUAGACCAAAUGAAAAAUUCAAAUUGCCGAUUAUUGUAAAAGGUAAUGUGCAGUAUAUAGAAUCAGAACAUAUGUACAAAAUGAAACUGAAGGUCUUUUUCUAUAAUGUUGGUACAGCGCACAAUAGUAAUUUAUUAUUAACUCACUAUGAAGAUAUUUGUCUAAGUAUCCCUGUGCACAAUUUUAUAUGUUCAGUUAGUUUUCGUAGUGAAAUAGGGCAUAUGGUAUAUAGAGAUGAUAUAAAAUCAGUUGUAUGGCAUAUCGAAAAUGUUAUAGAUGUUAACAUACCUGUAUCAGCAACUAUAUCUAUGCAAAUAAAGCGUUCUGAGAAUACAGAAUUACCUCUACAUAUUGAUAACAGCAUCCAUCCAUUAGUCUGCAAUUGUAAUGGACUUUAUGAUCACUGUAUAUGUGCCCAUGCUUUCACUUAUUGGAAUAAUAAUACUUUGAUAUACUCUACUUUCAACUUUUCUGUUUUUGCUAGCUUAAAAAUUAAAGGCUUUUCAGUUACUGGAAGAAAAGUAAACAGAAUAGAAGUUGUUGAACCUCAAAAUUUAAGUGUACAGAAAAGAUGUAGAUAUGCUACUGUCUUUAAUAAUAUAGAGUUUAGACUUUAA